CUUUUCGUUAUUAUGGUUACGAAUGACUGAACAGUAGUAUUACUGGAUCAAGAUUCAUGAUGUUGAGGCUAGUAGUAGUUUUGCUGACGUAUCUAGCAGUACUGGUUUUGAGUACUGAUAAAUUUAGCAGAGAUGACUUUCCUCCUGGUUUCGUGUUUGGGGCUUCGACCUCAGCUUAUCAGGUUGAAGGUGCUGCAAACCAGGAUGGGAGGACUCCUAGCAUAUGGGAUACUUUCGCCCAAGCAGGGAAUAUGCAUGGAGCCACUGGAGACACAGCGUGUGAUGGAUAUCAUAAAUAUAAGGAGGAUGUCCAGCUUAUGGGGGAUACAGGGUUAGAAGCUUACAGGUUUUCCAUAUCUUGGUCGAGGCUUUUACCAAAUGGAAGAGGAACUGUCAAUCCAAAGGGUUUACGGUAUUACAACAAUCUCAUCAAUGAACUAAUCAGUCAUGGAAUACAACCACAUGUUACCUUACACCACAAUGAUCUUCCUCAAACACUGGAAGACGAGUAUGGAGGAUGGAUUAGCCCAAAGAGUGUGAAAGACUUUGAAGCAUAUGCGAAUGUGUGCUUCAGGGAAUUUGGUGACAGGGUUCCAUAUUGGACUACUUUUAAUGAGGCCAAUGUGUUUGUAUUGGGGGGUUAUGAUACUGGCAGUUUACCUCCUCAGAGAUGUUCAUCUCCAUCUCCAUAUGGGAUAAACUGCUCUAGAGGCAACUCCUCAACAGAGCCAUACUUGGCAGCUCAUCAUAUCUUGUUGGCACAUGCAUCCGCUGCUAGAUUGUACAAGAACAUAUAUCAGGAAAAGCAGCAUGGAUUUAUAGGGAUCAAUGUCUUCGGUUAUUGGUUCGUUCCUCUUACAAACAGCUCAGACGAUAAAAUUGCUGCUCAAAGAGCCAACGACUUCUUCUUUGGCUGGAUGGUAGAUCCUUUGGUGUUUGGAGAAUAUCCUGAUGCCAUGAAAAAGAACAUAGGCUCAAGACUGCCGGUCUUCACCACUGCUGAAUCCAAUUGGAUUAAGGGUUCAUUUGACUUCCUUGGAGUGAACCAUUACUCAACUUUGUAUGCCAAGGACAGCCCAAGUAGCCUGAAAAUCAAAGAGAGAGAGUUUUUUGCAGACAUGGCAGUAGAACUUUCAAAUUUCGAAAAUGAUACAUCCAGAUUCGAGUUGCCAAUUGUAGCCUGGGGCCUGCAAGAACUGCUGGAGUAUAUCAAGAGAGUUUAUGGCAGCCCUCCUGUUUACAUCCAUGAAAAUGGUGAACGAAUGAUACGUAAUUUGACAUUGGAAGACUGGCCAAGGGUGGAAUAUUUGCAUGCAUACAUUGGGAGUUUGCUUGAUGCAUUGAGGAAUGGAUCAAAUACAAAAGGCUAUUUUAUAUGGUCCUUGAUGGAUUUAUUGGAGUUGUUGGAUGGUUUCGAAUCCGGAUAUGGCCUAUACUAUGUUGACUUGGAUGAUCCUGAUUUAGUAAGGCAACCAAAACUCUCUGCGCAUUGGUACUCCCAUUUUCUGAAGAGAUCAAAAGGCAUGAGAUUACAAGGACUCUCUGAACUUGGGAUGAACUUAUCUGCACUUUCGCACUCUCACUUCUUUCAGUAGAUUCUUCUUUCCACUUGGCGUUGCACAAUGGUUUGGUGGUUUUACUUUUAUCUAUCAUUGUUGACUCUUCUCCCCAAAAGUGUAAUUUUUUAUUGCAUUGCUGGCUACUCCACAAAUAUUAUGUCUUGAAAAAAAAAAAAAAAAAAAAAAAAGAAUUAUAUGUAAAUUGUUGACACCUGGAAAGUAAGUAAAAACUAGCAUCUUUAU